AUGAAUACUAAUGCUGGCCCCUCUGGGGCGACAGCUGCAGGCCCUACUGAUGAUGGCGACCCGAAGCAGCUGCAUGAUUCAAGUGACGAAGAAGUUCUUGACGAGCACAUUCUUAGCCAUACUACGCUCGAUGAGAGUCUAAUCAAUCGCCCUGCUCGAGAGCUCCCCGCCACUGCUAACCUCUUCAUAUCCAUGCCGCCUUCAAGUGCCCCCUCUAUUUCGAUGCCCCCACCCCGCUCUACAAACUGGGCGCUCCUCGAAUACUCGGUACAGGCUCUGAUUCUCAAAGUUGUGGCAACUCGUUUUGACACUUUCGAGAACGCUUAUAAGAAGUUGAAGCUGUCUCGCGAGGACGUUAUAGAAUUCAUCUACAAGCACUUAAACGAACCAUCACGACUUUCUUAUGCCAUCAAGGAAGAGUCGAUUGCUCACGGGUCCAAAUACCUUGCUUCCGUUAAAGCUAAGACUUAUUCGAAAGACUUCCAGUACCAGGCUACUCAUAUCCAAACCUGGCCUCUAGAAAUCGACUUCGACGGCAUGGAGCUCGCCGUCAUGGACGAGCGCUUACAGACAAACAAUGUCGGACUACCCGCAAUGGCACAAGUUGAUUUUUUACAUGCCGAGAGAGACCGCGACCUGACUGUUGCGGGUGUCUUGCCUCUUGCAACUGAUUCAGUUGCGAUCUCAUUCAAGGUUUCGAUCGGUGAAAGGCGUAAGAAAAUGUUCCGAGUGCAUUCGGUCAGACUGUCCGCUGGAUGGGUUGUGAUUAGCCCAACCAACAACAAGAUACUUGCCGAAAGCGGCGAUUAUACGAUUGUAUGGCCUGAAAAAAAACCAGAAUCGAUGCCUAAUCCGCAGGAGUAUAUCAUAUGUGAUAAUGAUCCCAAAAACCUGCUCCCAACCGACAAACUUCCUAGACGAGGGAAUACAAGUUCUGCCGCGACAGGCGAGCUAUCGGAGGAAAACAGUGAAGUUGAACCCCCAACGAAAUCUAUGGAUCAUAUGUCAUCGACUCCCACAGGCACAAUAUCUUUUGGUCCACAACUAUCUUUGCAACCCCGAAAGGGCGCUCUUGGUAUCGUGCCCUACUCCAAGAAGGAGGGAGUCAAAGACCUGAAGAGCAUGGAAGGCAAAAUGCUAUUUCAAAUUGCUCUGCCAAAGAGCCAUUAUGUGAUAAGCCCUAGCGGUUACAGGAUGAACUUCGACACACAUCAUGUGUCGGAGGCUGAUGGGCAUUGCCCCAAGGGUUUAGGUGGACUAUACACGGUAGUACUGGCCCCCGGAAAAAAGUCUGGCAAGAAAGACAUUGGUGACGAGUAUCGAGGUAUGAAAUUGCCGUACCCUAUCAUGUUCCGAAUGGCUUUCACACAGUCUAUGGCUGUCUUCCGCGAUGGCCAAAUGUUUCCUCGAUUCAUCGGACCAGGUCUGCACCAAAUGGAACUUGGAAAUGAUCUGAUCAAGGUGCGGUGCAAAGAUGGUCUAUAUGACCUGAACAUGCCUUUAAAGAAACUUCCGAAAAGUCGGUAUAUGGGCGACAAUAGGUCACUCUAUGACAAAUUUGAUAGUAUGACUGUCGAUGACGGCCCGGCUUCUACAGUCAAAUCACCGCGAGUACCAAGCAAAAGAGGCCAAGCGAAUGGUGAUGAAGUGACGCCACCAAAUAAGGUACAUCUGACCGAAGAACCUGCUCCCAUUUCCUCGGGCACGACACAGAAAGAGAGUGGUAGGGCUCGGCCUGUACCUCGGCGUGUAGCUCAACUCAAGGGCUCUUCAGCCUCUAACCCUCAAGCUUCUCGAGCUUCAGCUCGCAUUCGGACACCAGCUUUGGCAAAGACAAUGGCCAAACCCCGUGCCAUGAUCCCAUCCCCGGCUCUGACCCGGCCCCGAACACGAAGCCAACUUAUACUUGGACCUGUGCUGAGUAGCAAUCAGCUAAAGCCCCAACCCGAAGUUCAAGAGAACACGCCUUCCGGAGAGACUCAGGAAUUAUCUCCAUUCGUGAGUGAGGAUAUUACUUCGAGCAUCACUAUGAAUAGUCACCGGACUCUGUUUUCGAUCUUACCAGAAAUAUCGUCCGAAACCCAGGCUCAACCUGAGUCUAGCUACAGUAACACCGUAACAACUAACCACCCUCCAAUCCAGUCCCAGCUUGAGUCCAACGGGAAACCUCAGGUCCAAGUUGAGACUCCGGAGCAGUUCGAAUCUCUUGUCUUCGAUUGGGAUGGUUAUCUUAAUGACACCACGGAGAGUAAUAGUCAGGCCGCAGCUCUAGCCCAACCAGGCGCUGAACCCCAUUCUGAGAUUCCAAUUGAGGCCCAAACCGAAUCUCCCGACGACACCUCGUAUGAGGGGCUUGAUGCCACGCUGUAUGACGCUACCCCUCUUGACAGCGAAGAUGACAUGACAGAUGACAGUGAUGAGGAGGAUAGUGUUGUUAUUAUUGAUGAGAUCAACGGACCUGCAGCAACAGCUGCAGCUGAUAGCCCUACCACUGCCCCCACAGGCAGCCGAAUUUCCCCCCUAAACGUCCCACGCACCCGAGCUCCAGCACAGGCCGAAGCCCAGGCCAGUGCCGGCACCCAGCUACCCAGACCACCCAGACCUCAGGCUGUCAUCGGCACAACCCCGCCUGACGUGACAACAGGAGCAAGAGGUAUCCAGAACCGUGCUCAUACAGCGGUUACCCAGCUGCCGCGUCAACUCGGGCCGCAUAAUGUCGUUACCAUUCGCCCCCCUAACGCGGUCGCCAGAGGCAUCCAGAACCGUGCCCAGAGUCAGAACCAAAUCCGCAUCCAGCUUGGUUCUCGCAACACCACCACAACCACCCGACCAAGCGUACCGACUCAAAGUGCCAGCGAUGACUGGAACCCAUUCCUCCCCGCAUCGCAGCAGCGCCGCCCCUCAGCGCCCCGAACCCACCACCCGCAGCCGCCCUCAGCCACCGCAAUGAUGAUGCGCCAGUCCUCCGCCGAGCCCAGCAUGGCCGCGCGCCGGCCACCGCAACCCGUCGAUCGCUCCAUCAACGCGCGAACCCUCGCCGAGCUGCGCGCCGCGGCGGCAAGCAUGGCGAUGUCGCAAGAGGCGCAUGAUCAUAACAACAACAACCAGGCCACGCGAGCCCAAGAAACCCAAGCCCGCGCACCACCCGAGUCCCCGCGCCGAGCCGCACCCACCACCACCACCACCACCACCAGCCCCCAACGCACCGCCCUCGCGAGCGUAAACCCGCGCACCCACCGGGGCAACGCAAGCGCCAACGCGCGCGCGAUCUACAUGGACAACGCGUACGCGAGCCUCGCCACGCGCCUCGACUCCUCCGACCAACACACCACCACCACCACCACCCCCAACCCCCCCAGCAGCCCGAACGCCCACAUCGCCUUCCAGGGGGAAGACGAGCCGGAGAUCGUUGCGAUCACGGUCCCGGAGUACCGUCGCAACCGACUGCCGUUCGCGCAGGCGAUGCCGCGUCUGGUGCAGGGGAGAGGAGGGGGGCUUUACAGCAAUAAUCCGAUCACGGGACACGGAUCGGGGGGGAGGUUUAUGAAUUGGCGUUAAGUAGCUGUUUUGUUCUUGUUGGUGGUGGUGUUGGCCAAAUGCCAAAUGCC